GCUGCUGCCGCAUUGGUGUCUCCCCUAUGGACGAAAACAGCCCUCUGUCUCCCAAGGCAAAUGCUUUCAGUAUCGCCUCUCUGAUUUCAGUCGCCGCCGCCGCCGAGCACGCAGGGAAGGGAGCGCUGGAGGAGCGCAGCGGCGGCCGCAGCGCGCCCGCCCGCCCCGCCGCCCGCCCGCAGAAGAUGCACUUCAGCACCGUCACCAGGGACAUGGAAGCUUUCACGGCCAACAGCCUGAGCAGCCUGAACGCCUCCGGGGGGUACCACCUCUCCCCCUCCCCGGGGGACCCGUACGGACAGCAUGAACCGCCGCACUACGAGCCCUGCACGGCUCAGCAGCACCCGCACCCGCCGCCCCAGCCGCAGCACGGUUACCCCUUCGGCGGGGCGGCGGCGGCCGGGGCCAACCCGCCGCCUCCGGGCCCCGAACCGCCCGACGGCGCCGGGGGAGCCGCCGCGGGGCCCGCCGCCGUCUCGGGCUGCUCCGCGGGGACGGCCGCCGCGGCCAAGGCGCCGGUGAAGAAGAAUCCGAAAGUGGCCAACGUGAGCGUGCAGCUGGAGAUGAAGGCGCUGUGGGACGAGUUCAACCAGCUGGGCACGGAGAUGAUCGUCACCAAGGCCGGCAGGCGCAUGUUCCCCACCUUCCAGGUGAAGAUAUUCGGCAUGGACCCCAUGGCUGACUACAUGCUCCUCAUGGAUUUCGUCCCUGUAGACGACAAGCGCUACCGGUAUGCCUUCCACAGCUCCUCCUGGCUUGUGGCCGGCAAGGCCGACCCCGCCACGCCCGGCAGGGUGCACUACCACCCGGACUCUCCAGCCAAAGGGGCGCAGUGGAUGAAGCAGAUCGUCUCCUUCGAUAAGCUCAAGCUGACCAACAACCUGCUGGACGAUAACGGCCAUAUCAUUUUGAACUCCAUGCACAGAUACCAGCCGCGCUUUCACGUGGUCUACGUGGACCCCCGGAAAGACAGCGAGAAAUACGCGGAGGAGAACUUCAAAACCUUCGUCUUCGAGGAGACGCGCUUCACGGCCGUGACCGCCUACCAGAACCACCGGAUCACGCAGUUGAAGAUCGCCAGCAACCCUUUCGCCAAGGGAUUCAGAGACUGUGACCCCGAGGACUGGCCCAGGAACCACCGGCCCGGGGCCCUCCCUCUCAUGAGCGCUUUCGCCAGAUCCCGAAACCCGGUGUCGUCCCCCGCGCACCAGAACGGCACGGAGAAAGAUGCCGCCGACGGCCGCCGGGACUACGAGCGGGACGCGGCGGGCGGCGCGGCGCUGCAGGCCGAGGCGGCGCACCAACAGCUCAUGUCGCGCGUGCUCAGCCCCGCGCUGCCGGGCGGCGCCGGCGGCCUCGUGCCCCUGAGCGGCGGCGGCCGGCCGAGCCCGCCGCAUCACGAACUGCGCCUGGAGCCCGCCGCCUCGGAGCCGCUGCACCACCACCCGUACAAGUACCCGCCGGCCGCCGCCUACGACCACUACCUAGGGGCGAAGAGCCGGCCCGCGCCCUACCCGCUCCCCGGCAUCCGCGGGCACGGCUACCACCACCACCACCAUCACCACCACCACCACCACGUCAACGCGGCCGCCAACGUGUACUCCCCGCCCGCCCCGCCCGCCAACUACGACUACGGGCCGCGGUAACGCGCCCUCGACGCGAGCGACCGGCGCGUGCCGUAACCGUUAGCCGUCCUCUCUUUCCCCUCCCCCAAUCCCUUCCCGCCUUUCCCUCUCUCCCGCCUCGCGAGCGAGCCGAUUGGUCAGCUCGAUCGGAUCGACGUCCGGACCGGCCAAUCCCGAGCCGCCGGGCUGCGAAGGAGCGGCGGGCCGCUGUCUGCCCCGCAGCCGCGCUUUGAUAAACGGAGCCACGUGCUGCUAUCGCCCCGCUCCCGGCGGGAGUUCGGCGUGUGAAACGUGGGGCUCCGGGAAGAGGGCG